AUUUCACGAUUUUCUAAAAUUGUCAAUCUUGUGUCAAACCUUUUGAAUAAAUAAACAAAAAUACGGAGACUUGAAGACCAGUCUGGAAAAAUGUUAUCUUCUAUGCUAAAGGAGCAUCAAUCUAGGCAAGCAAUUCGUAAAGAACAACAAGAACAAAAACGAAAAGAAGCGAUUGCAUCAUCGAAUGAACUAACCCAGGCGCUCGUUGAUCAUUUAAAUGUUGGAGUCGCCCAGGCCUACCUCAAUCAGAAGCGAUUAGAUGCCGAAGCUAAACAAUUACAAGUUGGAGCAACAAACUUUGCAAAACAAUCCAAGCAAUGGCUCGAGCUAAUCGAUGGUUUUAGUAGUGCAUUGAAGGAACUGGGAGAUGUGGAAAACUGGGCUCAGAGCAUCGAAAAUGAUAUGCGAACUAUAACUGGAACACUUGAGUUGGCUUAUAAGACUGCUAGAGAUAAUCCGAGCUAAGUGUUAAGCAUUCCCAUACAGAACGCUUACGAAAUUAGGCUUUGUAUGAAUGAGUUAGAGUUGUUGUAAAAUUUAAUUAUUUCUUUUCUAAAUAAAUGUAUUCCAUUGCA